CUGCUGUCCGUUGUCAACCCGAACGCCUUCAUGAGUGCAAUGGUCAGAAAAACAGAUUUGUUGUAAUGGAGCGCUAUGGUAUAGACUUGUGGAAAUUAUUUUUGGCAAAUGGCCGGCAGUUUCCUGAAUCUACAGUGUAUAAAGUAGCAUGGCAAAUUAUAGGUUUUAUAAGAUAUUAAUUAAGCACUGCUGUUAAUUUAUUUUGAGACAUAAGUUUUGAAAAUUGACUACAGAUAAAUGUAUUGGAGUAUAUUCACAAUAAAACAUAUGUGCAUGCAGACAUCAAAGGAGCAAAUUUAUUAUUAGAUCUGAAAAGUUAAAAUCAUGUUUACCUAGUAGACUUUGGCUUAGCAUCACAUUAUACAACCAGGGAUUAUAAAUUGGAUCCCAAAAAGGCUCAUAAUGGUACUAUAGAAUAUACGAGUAGAGAUGCUUAUAUGGGAGUGCUAACUAAGAGAGGGGACUUUCUAUAUAUUUACAAGUAUUUUUUUCUUCUCAACUUUUCAAUGUUUACGUCCACGUCCAACGGCCAUGAGUUUUAUUGCAGUUCUAUCAUGGAUAUAGACGUUGUUUGUUAACAAUAGACUUUGUUUUCAUUAGUCUUAUCGUUCAGAUAAUAUAGCCAGCGUUCAAUACGAGACAUCAUAUGCAACACUAUGGGGCGCACUUACGACUAAACUAGUCGGUAAACAGUGUACUGUAAGUACUAUAGAUAGGUUAUUCUACUCGCUGUAUAUAUAUAUAGAUGUCCAGAUAACAUUGUCGCAUUGUCGGACAAAAGUCUUUCUGCUACACAAGUAAUACCAUAUAUAUGUGUAUAUAUAUAUAUCUAAAGUCAAUCGAUUAUUGACAUAUAAUCGUUGCAGAAACUUGCACAAUGAUAUUUAUUUUGUUGUUUAAAAUUAAUCAAAAAGAGUAUGUUAUUCAACAUACCUAUUAUCAAUUUUCAUACAAAAAUGCUGUGUAAUAUUUGUGUUAAUUCUCAUGGCUCCACCAAAAGAUAGAUGGGUUAGGCGAUUUGUCAUAUCGGAAACAAAUCGCCACAAAAAAGGUUUUACAAUAUACAAGGUCACUUCGAUUUUGUUUUUGAAAUCAUCACCCGAUGUUGUGUCAAAAGUUUCGAUUUGGAAACGGUACAGUGAUUUCAGAAAACUUUACAAAAUAUUGCAAUCGCUACAUGCAAAGCAUCACAUAAAAGAACCUUUCCCUUCUUUUCCAAAACCCAAAUUUUUUGGAAGAUUUGAAACUGAAGUUAUAGAAGAAAGGAAAGAAUGUGCUUUAAAGUUUUUAGAGUUUAUCGGACAUCAUAAUGUUCUAUAUAGUUGUGAUGCUUUUGUAAAAUUUUUUGAGUGCAACGAUGCAGAUAAACAAUUUUUAGAGUGUUCUCAAUCUUUGAGUUCUGACACUUCUGAGGAUGAUCGAAGUGUCAAUUGGGGUCAUGAAGUCGAAGCCAUAACUAGUACAACAGAUCUUUCAAAAUUUGUAUACACCCAAAAGGUGACACCUGUUAUUGUAAAAAAUCAGAGAAAAUCUUCUAAACUAACGAAUAUUGAUGACUUAGAGCAAAAUAGAGGCACAAAUUCACAUGAUGUACAACCAACAAAUAGUAACAAUAAUAGUUACAAAAAUAGUUACAACAAUAUUGUUGAAGGCUUAGAAAAUCUAAAUUUGAAAAAAAGUAUAACAGAAAUUAAUUCUUCACAUAAAUCAAUUGCAGUAAUACACGAUGGUUCAGAUUUACCUCAUUCUUUUGAGAAAUCAGCACAAUAUGUUUUGAUUGCAGCAGCUCAUAUGAGUGCUGCUUUUCGCCAUGAAGCUAUUGCUGAAUAUGAAGAAGCUUUCACUCAGUACAAACUUGGAGUAUCUCAUUUAAUAAAUGGUGUUCAAACAGAGACAGAUCAAUUUAGAAGGGAAAUAAUACAAGAAAAAAUGACUAAGUAUUUACAAAGAGCAGAAAGACUGUAUAACAGACAUCUUAAUUGCAAUGUUUCAGUAUUAUAUAAACCAGUUACUGAAUUGCGUAGCUAUAAAGUAAUUGAGCUUAUGGAAUCAGUUAUGGUUGUCAUAGAUGUACUCCAAGGAUUCAAAAGAAUUAUUAAGACUGUAGCAAAAAUUGAUGACAAUGGAGAAGAUAUUAGUAAUUACAUUUUACGAGGAAAAGUUCCAUAUAUGGUUCAGUUGUAUUCGUGUAUGCAAACUGAUUCUACAGUAUUUUUGAUCCUUCAAUACAUGAGCAAAGGUAAACUAUGGGAUUUCAUAAGAAACAAAUAUAAAAUAAUUAGCACAAAAGUUGAAUUUUAUAAUAAUGGACAUAAAAGGUCUCUAAGUUGUGAUGCUGCUAUUCAAAUUGAUUUGAAUGAAAAACCACUUAUAAAAAAAAAUGCAUUGUUGAGCAACUGUGCAAAAGAAGAAAUCAAUUAUAGCUCUUUCGAUAAUUAUUGUAGCACUCCAACGAUAGAUGAUACAUCUAAAUUAUUAAGAAAUGCACAAAAGUUAUUGCAAUCAGUUAAUGCUACACUAAAACGUAGCAGUUCUAUUGCAAUCAGAUUGAACGAAUCAGAACAUCUUUUGUAUAAACAUACUGUUAAAAAAGCUGUAGACGAUACCAUUUAUAAUCACGAUAGUGCUUUGAAGAACGAUUCCAUACGCUCAGAUAAUGAUGACACUGGAACUAGUAAAGAUAUUAGCGAUUUAUCUAGAAGUUGCAGCUGUGUCGAAUUGAGUAAUAAAUAUAAGCACAAAGAACUACAAGUUAAAUGUAAUAUGAAAUUAAAAGAAAAUAUUGAACAAUUUAAAAAGUUAAGUAAUAUAAAGCUCAAUUCUAUGUAUAACGGAGAAGACAAUUGUAAAUUUGAAUCUCUUGGCUUUAAUGAAGAUCAAUCUCAAUUAAAUAAAUUAGAUUUUCUUGAAGGAGAACAAAUGUGGUCAAUUCCAGAGUUCAUUAUAAAAAAGUGGGCUGCUGAGAUACUUUUAGCUAUCGAGGCGCUUCAUCAACAAGAUGUUAUUAUAUCAGAUCUCAGACCAGAAAAUAUUUUGAUAGAUGAUUAUGGGCAUGUUAGUAUGACAUAUAUUGUACCUCGUAAAGAGACUGAAUUAUUGCGUUUGAAAAAACCUUAUUCGUCGCCAGAAUUGUGUAUGUUUUUACCGCCUAUUUCUAUAACUACGUCGGCGGACGUCUGGAGUUUUGGAGUUCUGUUAUACGAGAUGUUGACUGGUUUUGAUUUCGAAGCUAAGCAUCCCGGAAGGUUUCAUUCUCAUUCCUUAAUAAACAUUCCAAAGAAUUUGUCAGAGAAUGCAAGAUCUUUAUUACUUAAUAUACUACAAUAUCAAGCGAGCGAUCGCUUAACGAUUCCCGAAAUAAAACAACAUCCUUUUUUUGCUAAAAUAAAUUGGUUGGAGCUUCUCAAUGCUCAAAUGUAAAAUAAAUUUUUUUAUAUAAAAAUAUUAUUUAUUAUAUAAACACUAUGUAAAAUAUGCUACUUAAAUGUCAAUGUCAAUGUACAAAAUUGAGUCUUAAAUUUAAUUAAAAUAUAUAAUAUACAAGAGAGGUAUU